AGAGAGAGAGGGAGAGAGAGAGAGAGCAUGCGAUGUGCCUCUCUCUGCACAUCACUUUGACUGUUUGGGUCUCAUGUAGUCCUGCUCAGUGCGGUGCUCACCUGCCGGGGCUGUGAGCGACUGAGCGACUCAUUUUUAAAGGAUAACCUGACUACUUGCCUCCCGAUUUUGUUUGCCCUUCGUUGACUGUCCUCUCAUCGCCGUCAACAUUUUUUCUUCAUUUUCGUCUUUCACCGCUGUUUGAAAGUGACCGGCUGCCAGCGGUUUCUGUGCCAGUCGACGCUGGCAAUAUGUAAUUUUGGGAUAGAGGCUGCGUUUAUUUUUUUGGGAGAAGAGGACUAAUUCACACCCGGGAUUCCUUUUAAAUUUGUGAACGUCAUUGUAGUCCAAAAGAGAUUGUGAUAAACCGUGAUGGUGUGGGGCAACCAGAACUGACCGCGGAGUGAACGCUACCAUUGGCAAACUGCGUGUGGGACUGGUAAAAAAUGAAAGCUCCCAUUCCUCUCCUGAUCCUGCUUCAUGCCGUCGUGGUCCAUUGCCUGAAAGUGGUGUCGAAGAGAGGCUCAGUGGAAGGCUGCACAGAUUGGUCGGUGGACUACCUGAAAUACAAGGUGCUUCUGGGGGAACCCGUGCGGAUUAAGUGUGCUUUGUUCUAUGGAUAUAUCCGGGCCAACUACACCCACGCGCAGAGCGCAGGACUCAGCCUGAUGUGGUACAAAAGUGCCGGACAUGGGGACUUUGAGGAGCCCAUCAGCUUUGAUGGCGCGAGGAUGAGCAAGGAGGAGGAUGCCAUAUGGUUCCGACCAGCAGAGUUGGACGAUGUGGGCUACUAUUCCUGCGUAUUAAGGAACUCGACGUACUGCAUGAAGGUGUCCAUGUCUCUCACAGUGGCGGAGAACGACACCGACCUCUGCUACAACUCCAAGAUGAGGUUCUUUGAGAAGGCGGAGCUCAGCAAAAGCAAAGACAUUACCUGCCCGGGCAUCGAGGAUUAUAUUCAGCCCGGAGUGGAGCCGGAGAUUGUGUGGUACAAGGAAUGCAAGCCAAAGCAGUGGAGACAAACCAUAGAAAGGAGGAGGGACACCCUGUCCAUCAAGGAAGUACGGGAAGACGACAUUGGGAAUUACACCUGCGAAUUGCAGGUUGGGAACUUUGUGGUGCGGAGGACUACCGAGCUAUCAGUCACAGCACCUCUCACAGACAAGCCGCCAAAGAUCCUGUCGCCCUCGGAGAGCCAAAUGAGCGUCAUGGAGAUGGCCAUAGGAAGUCCCGUCAACCUGACAUGCCGUGCGUUCUUUGGAUACAGCGGAGACGUCAGUCCACUCAUCUACUGGAUGAAGGGGGAGAAGUUCAUUGAGGAUCUGGAUGAGGAGCGGGUUCAGGAGACGGACAUCAAGACAAUCCGGGAGCACCUGGGGGAGCAGGAGGUUUCCAUCUCUCUGACCAUCGACUCUCUGGAGGAGAGCGACUUUGGCAACUACUCCUGCUACGUGGAGAACGGCAACGGACGGAGGCAAGCCAACAUCCAGCUCGCCAAGAAAGCGGAGCUGAUGUACACGGUGGAGCUGGCCGGAGGUCUGGGGGCCAUCCUGAUGCUGCUCGUCUGUCUGGUGACGCUCUACAAGUGCUACCGGAUCGAGCUCAUGCUCUUCUACAGAAACCACUUUGGCAGCGAGGAUCUAGAUGGAGAUAACAAGGACUACGACGCGUACUUGUCCUACACCAAAGUGGACCCGGACCAGUGGAGCCAGGAGACCCGAGAGGAGGAGCGCUUUGCCCUGGAGAUCCUCCCCGACGUGCUGGAGAAGCAUUAUGGGUAUAAACUCUUCAUUCCAGACAGGGACUUGAUCCCCACAGGAAGUUUCACCAAUGAUCAUUUCCAGGAUGACACCAGACUACUUAGAGCCUACAUCGAGGACGUCGCUCGCUGUGUGGACCAGAGCAAGCGUCUCAUCAUCGUCAUGACGCCGAGCUACGUCGUGCGGAGGGGGUGGAGCAUUUUUGAGCUGGAGACGCGGCUGCGCAACAUGUUGGUGACCGGCGAGAUCAAGGUCAUUCUGAUCGAGUGCGCCGAGCUGCGCGGCAUCAUGAACUAUCAGGAGGUGGAGGCCCUCAAACACACCAUCAAGAUGCUGACGGUCAUCAAGUGGCGCGGGCCGUCCAGCAACAAGCUCAACUCCAAGUUCUGGAAGCAGCUGCUCUACGAGAUGCCCUUCAAGCACAUGGAGCCCCUGAGCAUCUCCCACGAGCAGGUGCUGGAUGUCAGCGAGCAGGGCCCCUUCGGCGAGCUCCAGACCGUCUCGGCCAUCUCCAUGGCAGCAGCCACCUCCACCGCCAUGGCGACGGCACACCCGGACUUGCGCUCGACCUUCCACAACUCUUGCCACACGCAGAUGAGGCAGAAACACUAUUACCGUAGCUAUGACUACGACCUGCCGCCCGGCGGCACGCUCCCGCCGCUCUCCUCGCUAGGCAACCAGCACACCUACUGCAACAUCCCCAUGACACUCAUCAACGGACAGCGGCCGCAGUCCAAGUCGCCGCGGCAGCAGAGCGUGGAGGAGGCCCACGGCAACAACGCCAUGCUGCCGCUGCUGCCCAGGGAGACCAGUAUAUCCAGCGUCAUCUGGUGACAGGGGCGGUGCCGGGCGGGGUUAGACUGUGGAUCCGUACGAUGUCCAACCCAAGAAAGACUCACCACUGGCACUUGGUCCCUGAACGCACCGGAGCCAGAUGAACCUGAAUGGCACUAGAGCUACUUGCUGCUGUUGAAUUUGCACCAGGAAACAACAGGGGGGGGGAGGACAGGGUGUCAGACACACUGGAUAAGUUGGUGGCAGAUAUUUUCUUUUCUGGUUUUGGUCUAAUAAGAGCUUUUAUUGAAACUGAACAACAAAAAAAGAAGCAAGGAGAACUCUUUUGUAUGCCUGUAUAAACACUCACGUAACACAAGCCAACACCUACGAUCAUUUACCCAGAGAGUCAAGGAAUACAGGGUCCUGUACAUACGUUUUUCUAAUUCUUUGUAGCAUCAGUGUUUGGGACUUGUUUCUUCUCCAUGUUUUAUUUUUCACUUGGUACCUUUGAUUUUCGUUUUUGGUUUUGGUUUGUACAAAAGUGAAGCGAUGGCCUGUGAAAUGUGUUGGUUUGAACCAGUGUUACCUUUAUCUUAAUUUGUGGGCUGGUGUAGUUUAUGAAGCUUUUCGGUUUGUUUUGGGUGGGGGGGGGGGGGGGGGUAUGAGGGGAGGGCGGGUGUGAAAUGAGAGCGACCUGGUUUGGAUUCCUCUGAGUUUCAGCUCCGCCGGCUGCUGCAAGGGUUGUAAAUCUGAUGUGGACUCAAUCAGAAUAUGCAAAAUAUGGAGUCCAGGGAGGCGGCAAAGAUGGGUUUCCCGAUUGUAAUCGAAUGAUUUUGGAAAAGUCAUAUCUGUGAAAGGGGGAUAUGAAGAAUAUGGUGCUAGGCUUCACCUCUCUCUGUUUCUCUCACGAUGACAUUGACUUUAAAAAAAAAAAGAAAAAGAAAAUACAACCUUGCUAUUUACCUUAACAGAUGAUUAUAUCACAGAAAGUGAAUUAUGUGUAUUAUUUUGUGAAAAAAAAGAAAAGUCUAUUUUUGUAACUGAGGGAUAUUUGCUUAGAGAAGUUAUGAAGAUUCAGACGGAAGGAGUUGAAGAACACAUAUGAAGAAGAAGCGCUCGCGGAGAUCGACCGGUCGCUCACUCAAAUGUCUUACCCCUAUAUCGCAAGAGGGCGAGAGAGAAACAAAGAUUUUUGUUUUUUGUUUUCAUCAUUACAGAGGAGUUUGGACAUUUUCCGACAUUAGGUGGCAGCUCAGCAGGCUUCUUGUGUCCAUUGAUCUCACAGCCAUCGCAGCGAUUCCCAGUCGAUGUAACACGGAUGGAGCAACACCAUCGAUGAUGUCAGUUGGAGGAGGGGGAAGCCAUGGCAACCGGCGUCACCCGGAAAACAUGGACUGCACCUGGUUUCCUCUGUGGGACCAAACACGGCUGUCCAGGGCUAAACUGUUACCUCCGUUAUUCAUUUCCUCUCAUACGACAGCUCUGUUGUCUGUGUGCCAUCCCCCCUUUUGUCAACGGAAAUGAUUUGUCUGUCGAGUUUGGCUCUCAGAUUUUAAAAAGAAAAUAGGGCUUUCACAACUUGGCUCUGAUCACUUUUGCGUCGGCCCUGGCGGUGACGGGGCGUAGGAAUAUAUAUAUAUAAGCCGUAACAACGAAGAGUUUCAUCCCAAUACAAGUCUGAACAACAUCUGAAAUACUUACAACAGAUGCCGACUUGAUGAUAAGAGUUGUACAAUGUUAUUAACACGUAAGUUAUCAAUAUGAAAAAUAGUAUUAUGGACAGUGUAAUCAAUCAUGCCUCUGACCUACUGACCACUAAUCAUCGUGGGGUGGAUUCUCUUCAAAAACCCAAUAGCCAAUAUAACCCCUUCCAAAAAAAAGUUGCAAUUAAUGCUUAAGAGAGGCGAGAAUGUAUUUUAGAGUGGAGAUUAAACCCUGGAUCAUGUGUAACGACACAAUGCAAAUGCUAGUUAAAAGCGAGUCGGACCAAAGCCACCGCCACUCGUAACUGCUCUGAGCGAAGUGGGUGAUUUGAACAAGUCGUGUACGAAACCGAGAGCUAUUCUCACGGAUGCACUCGGAGCUGCGGCGGCGGCGGCGGCGGCGGCCGCGUGGACGCUCUCCUCCCGCUGCCAAUGGCGCAUCGUCCGUUUUCCCCGGAACUAACGUCGUACUAAAACACCUAACACAUCUCGUGGCGUGGAUGUUUCCUUCAGUGCCAUAAAUUAUGCAAAGGGAUGAACGCGCAAGAAGUGAUGAAGAAAUUGUUCUGUUGGUUUUAUCCCCCCCCCCACCCCCCUCGACUUCUUGCAUCUUUUUUUUUGCUUUUACUCUAACAGAAUAUUUCAGAACAGGCCUGGGUUCUGCGGACAGUGCUCUUCGCUUAUGAUCUCUCAAGCGGGCGAUAGAUUAUAGCCGGGCCUGUUUAAGCCCACCUCAAUCAGACCGUCUCCCCCCCCCCCCCCCCCCCCCGCGUCCCCACCAUGAAAAGAGGAUUACGUUGAAGAGCAUCAGCUCUGGACAGAGGAGCGCGUUGUGCUCUUUGACGCGGCAUUGUGUAAAUAGAGUCAAGACAGUAACGCGAUUAAGAUGAAGACAAUCGAGCCAUAUUCAUGAAACCGGUGGUCGGUAUAUUCACAGGGCGUCCUCAAAGUAAGAUACUAAUCGUGAAUCCACGUCGACGGACGCGGGGGGGGGGGAAUCGAUGACACCUCGACAGGCGCUCGGCGCCGGCACUUCUGCCUUGGGAAGCUGCGUGAAUGCGAAACGUUCGCAUUCCCUCAGUGGCGCUGGCGCACAUUUUAGUUUCAUGAUGACUUGAACGUUGGCGGUAAAGGUGACGAUGGCGACGAUGCCGAAGAAGAAGAAUAACAAUGACAAUAUAUAGCACAGAACUAUUCCAGGCACUUUCACGACUCUCGAGACGACGUCUCUCCUGUUUCUGAUUUAUUUUCUAAUAUGUAUCUGCAAUGUUCAUUAAAAGAGAUACUGUUAUUAUUAUUAAUAAAACCACAUUUAUGGUAAUGUAA